GACACGUCAACAUGUCUGCUGUGAAAAAUUACAAAUAUAUAUUAAACAUACAUAUAUAAUAUAUAUAGAAAUGUAUACUGUACACACACACAUACAGUACAGUCACACUGAAACACUCUUGCUGUCAUUUGGAGGCAGAUCAGUUGUCGUAGUUGUUAGGCUUUCCACUCAAAGGUGUUUAUUUUUAGCCCACAGCCAUGAUCCCCCCUUUAUCUGGACCUGUGCAAUUGUGGCAGAGUGAGAGAUUGUAUUACUGCUUUACCAAAGUAUACAGUAAACAAUACAAGAGAGAAGAGAGACCUUAUCAAUGGGAAAUUACAAAUCAAGACCAUCUCAGACGUGCACAGAUGAGUGGAAGAAGAAGGUGGGCGAGUCGUACUCUGUGAUCAUAGAGAAGUUGGAAGAUGACCUCCAGCUCAAAGAAAGCGAGAUUGCGAAUCUCCAACUUGCUUUCAGCUCUGAUGAAGCGUUUCAGAAGGUGAACGUGAGCUACCGAACAGAGAAGGGGCUGUCGCUGCUGCAUCUCUGCUGCGUAUGUGGAGGUAACAAGACCCAUAUCCGCACCCUGAUGCUCAAAGGCCUGCGUCCUUCCAGACUGUCCAGGAACGGAUUCACUGCACUCCACCUGGCUGCUUACAAGGAUAAUGGUGAGCUGCUGACUGCACUUCUCCACGGAGGGUCAGACGUGCAGCAGGUGGGCUAUGGAGCCCUCACUGCCCUGCAUGUCGCCACGCUGGCUGGGCACCAUGAGGCAGCAGAUAUACUCCUGCAGCAUGGAGCUAAUGUGAAUGUUCAGGAUGCUGUGUUUUUCACCCCACUGCAUAUUGCUUCUUAUAACGGCCAUGAGCAGGUGGCUAAGCUGCUGCUAAAGUUUGGGGCAGAUGUGAAUUCAAAUGGUGAGGUAGGUGACCGACCUCUGCAUCUAGCUGCAGCCAAAGGUUUCCUCUGCAUCAUCAAGCUGCUGAUGGGGGAAGGGAGCAAAGCUAACGUAAAUGCCCAGGACAACGAAGAUCACGUUCCUCUCCACUUCUGCGCCCGCUUUGGUCACCAGGAGAUUGUGCGUUUCCUCCUGCAGGGCAAUUUUGAUGUGCAGCCUCACUCUGUCAACAUCUACGGGGACACACCAUUACACUUGGCCUGCUAUAAUGGAAAAUUUGAGACAGCAAAGGAGAUUAUACAGCUUUCUGGCACAGACAGUCUGUCAAAGGAGAACAUAUUCAGUGAGACGGCACUUCACAGUGCAUGCACCUAUGGUAAAGACCUGGAGAUGGUCAAGUUCUUGUUGAGCCAGAAUGCUUUGAUCAACAAUCAGGGCAGAGAUGGACACACAGCGCUACACAGUGCCUGUUUUCAUGGCCACAUCCCUCUGGUGCAGUUCUUGUUGGACAGCGGGGCGGAUAUGAACCUGGUUGCCUGCGACCCCAGCAGGUCCAGUGGGGAGAAGGACGAGCAGACCUGCCUGAUGUGGGCUUAUGAAAAAGGUCAUGACGCGAUUGUCACCUUACUGAAACACUACAAACGUGCAGAUGACUCCCCCUGCAAUGAGUACUCCCAGCCGGGAGGGGAUGGGUCCUACGUUUCUGUCCCAUCUCCUCUGGGGAAGAUCAAAAGCAUGACUAAAGAGAAGGCAGAAGUUCUCCUGCUCAGGGCCAGCAUCCCGUCUCAUUUCCAUCUUCAGCUGUCUGAGCUGGAGUUUAAUGAAAUUAUUGGAUCAGGCUCCUUUGGAAGAGUCUACAAAGGCAAAUGCAGAAACAAAGUUGUUGCCAUAAAACGCUAUCGAGCCAACACGUACUGCUCUAAGUCAGACGUGGACAUGUUCUGCAGAGAGGUCUCCAUCCUCUGUCGCCUCAACCACCCCUGCAUCAUCCAGUUUAUGGGGGCGUGUCUGGACGACCCCAGCCAGUUUGCCAUCGUAACCCAGUACGUCUCUGGAGGCUCUCUGUUCUCUCUGUUACACGAGCAGAAGAGGCUUAUCGACCUGCAGUCCAAGCUCAUCAUUGCCAUCGACGUGGCCAAGGGCAUGGAGUACCUGCACAACCUCACCCAGCCCAUCAUCCACAGGGACCUCAACAGCCACAAUAUUCUGCUGUAUGAGGACGGACACGCGGUGGUGGCGGAUUUCGGAGAAUCUAGAUUCCUACAAUCUGUGGGUGAGGACAACAUGACCAAGCAGCCGGGGAACCUGCGUUGGAUGGCUCCUGAGGUGUUCACCCAGUGUACUCGCUACUCUGUGAAGGCAGACAUGUUCAGCUACGCCCUCUGUCUGUGGGAGCUGCUCACUGGAGAAAUUCCCUUCGCUCACUUGAAACCUGCUGCUGCAGCAGCAGACAUGGCCUACCAUCACAUCCGGCCUCCGGUCGGCUACUCAAUCCCCAAACUCAUCUCUGCUCUUCUGAUGAGAGGCUGGAACGCAUGCCCAGAGGACAGGCCCGACUUCUCUGAAGUGGUUACCAACCUGGAGGAAUGCUUGUGCAACGCUGAGCUGAUGUCUCCAGCCUCCAGUAACAGCAGUGGCUCCCUGUCUCCCUCCUCCUCCUCUGACUGUCUGCUGGCGCGAGGAGGACCCGGUCGGAGCCACGUGGCCGCCCUGCGUUCCCGCUUCGAGCUGGAGUACGCUCUCAACACUCGCGCCUACGCCUUCUGGACUAGUGAGAGGUUAGAGAACACAAGCACCUCCACAGACAGUGAGCGGCGUCGUGCGUCCGGAGGCCUUUCACUGGAGGAACUCAGGAGGAACAUGCAGUUUUCUCCUAUUGAUCGAAAUGGGUACGUGUCUGAUCCCAUGAGCACCAUGAGAUUCUGCUCUUCUUACAGCAGCAACGGCAGCUUUGAGGACAGUAACUAAACCCCCAUUAUUAUUACCUUAUUAAUUCAGAUAUUCAUGCCUGUUUUGACUGUUCAUUUUAAGUACAACUGUAUAAAUAGAUGGUAGAAGUAGAUAUUGCUAAUCAAGUUGCAAACUUAACUGUAUUUUGUUGUAGCGGACUAUAUUUGGAUGAGUUGUUUAUGACUUUACAGUACAUUCGUAGUUCCCAAUAUCUCUAGUCUUGUGUUAUAUGAGGUUUAUUUGUUACAUACAUUAUGUUAACAUUUUUUUUUACUGUAUGUGUGACAAGCAAAAUUUGUUUUUGUGUACAUGGUUUGCAUAAAUCUGAAGUUCCCGGUCAAUUUGUGCAUAAAUUCAACGUACACACAUCUACAUUAAAGUCAAAAAAAAAAAAAAAAGCAGAAAGUCACUCUCCAUCUCACGGUUUUUAUUUGUUUGAGUGGCCAAAUCACACAUCAGUCACUGACAUAUAUCAAAUGAAAAGUUGAAGCCUCACAAACCCACACUAGUCAUAAAAAUAAGGCAAUACAAAUAAAUAUGGAGUAUUUUUUUUUAAAAUAAGAGGUAGUGUUAGCAGCAAUAAUGACACAACUCUGUGCCUAGAUUUGACAUUUCACAAUGUUAUCACUGUUUUAUUCGACUAAAUAGUAGCCUGAUGAUGAAUGAAUUAUCCAUGUUAGCUUAGUUUAGCAUUCCUGUUGUUCGUCUAGAUGUCAUCUAAACAAAUGAUUACUUUAAAGCACUAAGAUUGUCAUUAACACAGACACAGUGCAAUUACAGAUCUCUGAUCAAAGCUGAAGUAACAUCAGUUGAAAUGUAAAGAGUACUUGGAACAAACUAAGCUGCGGGAGUCCAACGACUAUGAAUUAUUCAACCGUGUGUGAGCGCGAGUAUCUGUUUACAGGUAAUGGGUGAUAGCGGCUGCAUUUGAUACCUCACACAAACUACGCCUCUUUGUUACCAACAAUAGGAAGAGAUGAUCUAUUGUAAACUUUUUAGGCAGCAGUCAAAACUCAUCAUGCAGCUUCUUCUUGUUGGUGAGUGAAGGAUGAAGACUAUUUAAGAAGCCAUUGUGAUGUAAACACAGAAACCACAAGACACUUGAGGGCUUCUGUCAAAACUAAAAUCAUCUUGUAUUCACUACAAAUGUUUCUAUUUCUUAAUGUGGCCAUCUGAUUGUCUAAUUGCUUGUUUUUUAAAUCACUUUUAUAACUGAACUGCUUUUAUAUAUGUUUUCUUGUAAACUAAGCAAGUAAAGCAUCACCGUACCU